AAUGCUGAAAUGCCUAGCUCUACCCAUAAUUUUCCUGGUCUGUGUGGCUGGCCAGGAGCCUAGACGCGAUGCUGAGUAUCCACCACCAGCAAUUCUGAAGUUGGCCAAGCAUUUCCAUGACAUUUGUGCACCCAAGACUGGCGUUACUGAUGAGGCCAUCAAGGAGUUUAGUGAUGGGCAAAUUCAUGAGGAUGAAGCUCUCAAAUGCUAUAUGAACUGUCUGUUCCAUGAGUUUGAUGUGGUGGACGAAAAUGGCGAUGUUCACAUGGAAAAACUAUUCAAUGCUAUUCCCGGGGAAAAGUUGAGAAACAUAUUGAUGAACGCUUCCAAGGAUUGCAUUCAUCCGGAGGGCGACACAUUGUGUCACAAGGCCUGGUGGUUCCAUCAAUGCUGGAAGAAGGCUGAUCCUGUCCACUACUUUUUGGUUUAAGAUUUAAUAUACGAUUUAAGAAAUACUCUUAGGGCGGAACUCGGAGAAAAGGUGUUAAGUCAGAGAACAGGCAAUGAACCAUCAGUUGCGACCUCCUUGCUUACUAUGAUUAAUAGGUUUUAAAUAAAUAUGAAUAAAUG